AUGUACUGCAGUGGCGUUUGGCGACACAUUGUCGUUCCCAUACAUGUAGUACCCGUUCACGAGAUUAUCUUAGACUCUGCCUCUACUUCUACCUCUAACUCUGACACUAACUCUAAACUCAAUUCUGGUUCUAUGAAUGUCUCGAAUUACUCGUACUUCAGGCGAAUCCGGACGCGAUCUAACUCUCCUCUCACUCAUAAAAUACUUAACAAAACUUCAAACUCUGCUAAUAAUAACACCGCAAACAUUAAUACUAAAGCCAAACUCAGCAACUGGUAUGCAAUCAAUUGGUGUGUCGAAGCCAUUGGUUCGGUGACAGUCUGGCAGCUUGUCGUGUAAAAGACCCAAACGGACGCAGACUAACAGAGUCUUAUGCAGCAAAUCCAGCAAAACAGUCAAACCUUCCAUUCCUC